CUUCAAUGCUCUCACCUGUCCCCUAACCAUAGCAAUCAAUGAUCAUCUCCCUCUCCCCCUUCCUCCCCUCCUAUAUUUUCAUUAAUUGAUCCCUACUCUUAUAUUAAUAAUCACCACUAGUUUAUCAACACUUGCCCCCUCAAAAUUUUUGAUCUAUCCUUUAAUUUCCUCCUAUUACUAGACAAAAUUAUAUGACGUGCAUGCUUGUAUGCUCAUAAUUUAAGUGUAUGUCAUUAUGGGUCCUUGUUUGCCUGUGCUUCUAGUACUUUUAUUAUGUAUAACUUGUCCUUUGGUGAGGUGUGGGGAGGAUUACUUUCAAUCAGAGUGUUUAGAGGUGCCAACAUCAGAGUUUGUAGGUUCUGUUAAGUCCACCAUUGACACUGUCCGGCAAGUCACUUCCAUGGUGUCGAAAUUCGCCAGUUUCUUUGGCGAUUUUCGACUUUCUAAUGCCAUUUCUGAUUGCCUUGAUCUGCUGGAACUCUCAGCAGAUGAACUUUCCUGGACUCUCACUGCUUCUCAGAAUCCAAAAGGAAAAAACAACAGCACAGGUAAUCUAAGUGCAGAUUUAAGGAAUUAUUUAAGCGGAGCAUUGAUCAAUCAAGACACGUGCAUAGAUGGAUUUGAAGGCACAAACGGUCUAGUCAAGAAUUUGGUUGCGGGAAGCCUCAACCAAGUCACUUCAUUAGUCCGUGAUAUUCUUUACAUGGUCCGCCCCGUCCCUAAGAACACCCCCGGGGCCCACACUGGACGUGGGAACCCGUGGCAGUGGUCCCGGGAAAGAAAACUAACGUCAAGCAAUAAAGAAGACAACAACUCAUUUCCUUCGUGGUUUAAACAAAAAGAUCGAAAGUUGUUGCAAGCAGCAGCACCCACUACGGGAGUAGUAGCGGACGCUGUGGUAGCUCUUGACGGAACUGGUAAUUUUACACGUAUUAAAGAUGCCAUAGGAGCAGCACCACAAUUAAGUACAAAAAGAUUUGUGAUUUAUAUUAAGAAGGGAAUUUAUAACGAGUAUGUGGAGAUUAGCAAGAAGAAAUGGAACAUAAUGAUGAUCGGUGACGGAAUUGAUGUUACUGUUAUUUCUGGGAAUAGAAGUUUUAUUGAUGGAUGGACCACUUACAGAUCUGCAACCUUUGCUGUGAAAGGUCAAGGAUUUAUUGCACGGGACAUGACAUUUGAGAACACGGCAGGACCCGAAAAACACCAAGCAGUUGCAUUCCGAUCAGACUCUGACUUAUCCGUCUUGUUCAGAUGCGCGGUGAGGGGCUACCAGGACACUCUCUAUGCCCACUCCAUGCGACAAUUCUUCCGCGACUGCACUAUUACAGGCACGGUUGAUUUCAUUUUCGGAGAUGGCACAGCUGUCUUCCAAAACUGUCAAAUAUUAGCGCGAAAGGGACUACCACAACAAAAGAACACCAUCACAGCCCAGGGCCGAAAGGAAGCUGCUGAGACAACAGGUUUCUCAAUCCAAUUCUCUAACAUAUCUGGUGAACCAGAUCUAUUAGCUUCGCUCAACUCUACAUACACAUAUCUAGGUAGGCCAUGGAAGACGUAUUCGCGUACUGUGAUCAUGCAAUCGUACAUGAGUAACGUUAUUAGGCCUCAGGGUUGGUUAGAGUGGAACGGUAAUAUUUCACUCGACACGUUGUAUUACGCGGAGUAUCAGAAUUACGGGCCUGGUGCGGGCUUGGGUGCACGAGUGAAUUGGCCCGGUUAUCAUCUGCUCAAUGAUUCAUCUCAGGCAAACAAUUUCACAGUGUCUCAAUUCAUUUUGGGCAACUCAUGGCUGCCAUCUACGGGAGUUAAGUACACUGCUGGUCUAGAGGUUUAAUUUGGGACAAAGUCACCAAUAUCCAUACCCAUAUAUAUCUCUUGUUAUAUUUUGUUACCACAACAAUUAUUCGUCUGCUGAUAUAUAUUCAUCUUUUGUUCUUUUUGGGUUGCAUUUUGGGUGCAUUGGGCUUGGUGGAUCCGUAUUCAAGAGAAUUUACUGAUGAUUCCUUUCUAUUUAGUCAUGAUAUUUGUAUACUGCA